GCUUUGUUCAUCGAUCUCUAGUUAUCACGUUUUGAACUCAGUAAUCUUCUUAUUGUCGGAUUUAACUAUUAAUUUACGUUAUAUUAGAUAUUUAUAUAUGUGUUUGUAAACUAAGCUGGGUUUUAAAUACAUUUUCACAAUUUUUACGGGUUUGAGGACAACAAGGAACGUGCAUUGGUCAGAUUGAAAGCGAAUUGGAUCGCUGCCUCAGAGGCGCCCAUGUUUGAAAAACACCGACUCGGUUAUUGUUGUUUUAUGUAUCCGGUCGCUGUCAAUUUUCUACUCACUUACCACAUAUAAAAGCACAUAUUGGUGUGGCGAUGGGUGUGCACGACUUGUGGUCUAUCCUCGAACCUGUGCGAGAGUCGGUGCCGCUGUAUAGCUUGAGCGGGAAGACGCUGGCUGUCGACCUCAGUUUGUGGGUUUGCGAGGCCCAGCACGUCCAAGCAAUGAUGGGCAGAGUCACAAAGCCCCAUCUGAGGAAUCUAUUUUUCCGGGUGUCAUCCCUCAUUCUUAUGGGGGUGAAGCUGGUAUUCGUCAUGGAAGGGGAGGCCCCGAAACUGAAAACAGAGACCAUGAUCCAGAGGACUGCAAACCGAUUUGGAGGGCCCAAAAACGCAUCGAAAUCCUCCACAAGCACCAGAAGAGGGCGCUUUAAUGCUAUCCUCCGAGAGUGUGCAGAGAUGCUUGACUAUCUCGGAGUGCCGUGGGUGGUUGCCGCAGGGGAAGCCGAGGCCAUGUGUGCGUACCUGGACUCACACAGUCUUGUGGAUGGUUGCAUCACCAAUGAUGGAGAUGUGUUCUUGUACGGAGCACGGACCGUCUACAGAAACUUCAAUAUGAACUCCAAAGACCCCCAGGUGGACUGCUACAAGACCUCCCGGGUCCAAACAGAACUGUGCCUCUCCUGUGAGAAUCUUGUUGGUCUGGCAAUCCUCCUCGGAUGUGAUUACAUUCCCAAGGGAGUCCCGGGCGUCGGUAAAGAACAAGCUCUCAAGCUGAUCCAGACCAUCAAAGGGCAAACGCUUUUGCAGAGGUUCAUGCGAUGGAAAGACGAGGUGGCGUGCGUGUCUCAGGGAGUCGCGAAGAAGCUUCCCCACUGCCACAUAUGUCGACAUCCAGGCUCAGCCAAAGGCCACGAACGCAGCGGCUGUGUGCUUUGCGACAGUCGGCGAUUCUGCAAACCUCAAGAUUUUGACUACCAGUGUCCAUGUGAAUGGCACCGCUCAGAACGGAUCCGGCAGGCUCAGUCCGUCGAGGCGAAUAUCAAAAAGAAAACGCUGGCAAGUCAGCAAUUCCCGUUUUCAGAGAUUAUCAACGAGUUUCUGCUAUCCAAAGAUAAACCCGUCGAAAACUUCCAGAGGAGGCAGCCAAAUAUGCUAUCAAUGCAGAAAUUUGCUGUUGAAAAGAUGGAUUGGCCGAAGCACUACACCAGUGAAAAGGUUUUGGUUCUGAUGACCUAUACGGAGCUGAUGAACAGAAUGUGUGGCAGAAUUACGUCAUCGCAAAUCAAGCCCAUCCGGAUAUUGAAACCACGCGUGAGGAAUUCGGUUUCUUGCUUCGAAGUCAUCUGGAGCACACCGGAUCAUUACGUGUUUCCGGAGGAUUGGCCUGCCGAGGAUCGGCACCAGGUGAGGUCGGUGGAGGAGGAGAGCCUUUUCCGUGUGGCCUUCCCAGAGGUGGUGGGGAGCUACCUGAGGGACAAAGCGUUGGCUGAAGAGAACAAAACGAAGAAGAGGAAACCAAAGAGUAAAAAAGAGAAGAUGGCUGACAAAGCCGAUGGUGUCUCGGACCUCCUCGCGCAGAUGACCCUCGAGAGCUCCUCUUCGGAAAAAGCGAACGCCCAAACAUGGCCAGCUGUUCUUCCAAACUUACAGGAAGUGGUGCUUUUGGACACACCCAUCAGCCAUAAACCGCGUCAGCGACUCACUGAAAAGCGUCCCAGUACGCCACUCUCUCAGGCGGAUUCCUCACCGGCCGCUAUCGACGCCCUUCGUCUUAGCGACAUUGACUGGGACGAGUCGUCCUUCACGGCCACCCCGCGGGUGCAAGCAGCAAAUGAGGAUGUCUCCAAAAAACUAAACCUCCUUGCGCCAAUUUUAAAACCCGUAGCAAGCUCUCAUAGAGACAACGGCGGUCUCAAAAUGUCAGGUGAGGCAACUCCGAGCCAGACAAAGGCGGACAAAAAGCCUGCCUCCAAAUACAAAUUUGUCAGAACAGCAGCCGCAAAAGUGCAACGGUGCCUCUCUGAGCCGUCUCAGGUGGACAAAGACAGAACCGUGGCCGUCAAGAAGAGCGUGUGCGUGAGCGUGUGUUCAUCCAGCGAGGAUAGUGAUGCGGAGAACCGGCAGAUCGGGCCUCGCCAAGUCACCAAGAGCAAGCCCAGUGGACGGCUCCUGUUAGAUCACCCGCGGAAGCCCGUUUGUGGACCACCGAAAACCACCAGUGAGAGUGUCCAAUCCUUUUUUCAAAGUGCGCCAAGUGGAGAUCACGUCGCAAAACUUCAAUGCCAAACCCAGCAGGCAGAAGCCGAUAUGAAUGACGUGUCCCCGCCCAUCCUGGCGUCCCCCAUCAGUGGGUUAGAUAGCGACGAAUCCGUCAUUUGCGGGGACAGCCCUUUGCCGCUGGUCGAGAGACUUAGGCUCAAGUUCCUCAAGUGAGAAGCAGGACGUGAAAGAUUUAGAACUCAGUCGAAAGUUAUCAUGACAUGAUGAUGAACUGUGAGGUAGAUGUGCUGCCCAACUAUCAAUAAAUAAAAAUAAUU